AUGGAUAAGACGAAAGUAUUAACAACAGACGGUUCCCCGGUGAUCGUGAAACUGGACAAAUUACAACUUGAACAAGUCCAGCAAUACAAGUACCCGGGUUCAAUAGUCGAAGCGCAAAGAAUCGCUGCAACAGCAGACAUCACUAAUCGAAUCGGACAAGCUACAACAGUGUUUGGAACAUUACCUUGGUGCUUUUGGCGCAAAAGUAACAUCACCAUAUCUACAAAAAUGCAGAUCUAUAAAUCACUCGUUCUCUCAGUAUUGCUGUAUGGUGCGGAAUCAUGGACAUUACUACAAAGCGACCUGAAGAAACCCGAAGUCUUUCAGAUGCGCUGUCUACGUCGUAUCUUGAGUAUCUCAAUUCGAGAUAAAGUAAGAAAUGAAACCAUCAGGAAGUGGUGUUGCGAUCAACCUACUAUAUCCGAUGAAAUUCAAAAGCGACGAAUGCGUUGGCUUGGCCAUAUCUGUCUGGAAGCAAAAGAAAAAGCACUCGACAAACAACAAUGGAAGGUCACUACACACAAUGUUGUCAAUGGUAUAGUAGCACCUACAGCAGCGUACUGGCCGCGCGGUCAGCCGCCACCAAGCGUGCCCUGA